AACCCACAUAUAAAUUCACCACCAACAAUGCCAUUCCCAUGUACCUCUCUCUCUAGUUCUCUCUCUCUCAAUACAAGUUUUAAUUCAAAGGAACAAGAAACAGCAUGGACAGCACAAACAACCCUGCCAAUGCUUCAGUAGAAGCUCAGUCUCAGAUGAAAAGAGAUAUGGAUGACAGUCAGAAAAUCAACCAUCUCCAAAACCCAGGCCUUUUUGAAGAGACUGGAACACAUGUCAAGACUAUGGCAUCAGGGGCAGCAGAUGUGGGUGUGGGGGCAGCACAGGGGGUCGUUAGCUUGGCCCGUGGGGCGGCCCUAGGGGCAGCCAACAUUGCCCAAGGGGCUGCUGAUGCUGUCAAGAACACUUUUGGAUCGAACAAUCCAAGCAACGAGUCUGCGGUCCCGGCUGCCUCAGGAAACAAUCCUAAUGUGUCUGGAGUCAAUCCUAGCAAUGUUCCUAGUAAUAUGCCAUCUAACGUGGACAAAAGAAACUAGGCAACACUAGUCGAAUGACUCAUCAGACCAUUUCAAUUAGACAGCCGAAAUAAUCCCAGUAUGGAGAUUGAAGUAUUUUUUACAAAAUUUCAUUUCCUAGUUGCUAUUUGUUAAUUGUGUUCCUUUUUUGUGGUUAGUUUUUCUUAUAUUAUGGGUAGUGUUGGGAUUCCUUCCCCCUACUGAAAGAUGAUAUACUAAGGUUCUUUUAUACA